AUGAACAAAACAUGUCUAGGGUGGAUCAAACACAGGAGUUCUGAUACAGCGAGUGCAUUGGACGAAAUAAGAACUGGAAUAACUUCAAUAAAUCAACAAAGGUUUGGUAGAGAGCAAGGAGGAGAGGAGAGUGAUUCCAAUCCUCGAAGAAAUAUAAUUAACGAGUGUAUGUCCGAGAGUGCGAUACCAGACUCCUUGCUACAAUGGGAUCCAGCAAACCUUGCACACGAUCCCAUAGCAUGGAAAUAUGUCAUGCGUUUGCAAAGUAUGAGUGCCUUUCUUGCCUCUUCAGUAGUAACAGUUUCAGGAGAAUUGUGGUGA